AAGUCUUCACAGAUGUCUGAGGGGGCACACCCAUUGCCUUCCAAAUCAUACCCACAGGAAUCCAGUGGCCAAACAGAUGCCUCCAGGAGACUUGCAAGUAUGGCAUGAAGCAGGUGUAGCCUGUGACAGAACUUGGCCAGAUGGCAUUCAUUGUGCAUCCCCCUGUCUGCCUCUUUCUGCUGGUGCUCCUCUCCUCCUCCUGGCCCAUGGGGGCUGCUGCAGCUUCUGUGCUCCCUGUUCCAGAAGGGCUAGUGUGGAAAGACAGCAAGUACCUCCAGGUGCCUGCAGACAUACGGAGGAGCGAGCUGCUUGCUUUCCUUUCCAGGCUGGCUGACUGGCCGUCUCGUCCGAAUGAGGCGCCCCUGUCCAGGCAGAAGCUGGAGCUCAGCCCCCAGCAAGAGAGAGCAACCCUUCCUCAGCCCCUGAGCCGGGAAAAGGCACCCUGCAAGAACUUCUUUUGGAAAACGUUCUCCUCCUGCUAAGAGAGUAGAACUUCCUGGAAUGCCUUUGUAGCCCCACUGGACUCAAGAUGAAUAUUGUCAGUGACUGUUCUUCUUUGGGAGCAAGUGCAGUUGUGUAUUUAGGCCUCUCCAUCCCUUUCAUCAGUAUUAGACACACACAGAGAGAGAACCAAAUCUGUACAUCAAUAUGGAACUCCUGUGUGGACACGCUCGUAGGGCAUUAACUGAUGUCGCACCCUCCUCAUUCAUGAUGCAAAAGUUAGCAUGCACCAUGUAUAUUUGCAUGAAAGUAUUUGUCCAUUUCCUCAACAGUAACAGUUCCCCAACGUGUCAUUCCACUGGUAUCAAAGCUACUCUGUGUGCUCACUCGUUUGUUCUGAAUGCCUUAGGGUUCCUGUGGCAUUGGACUGCUGGAAUAUCUUCCCCUCUUGAUGUUCAGUUAUCAGUGCAUACACACACAAAGAAACCAACCUGGCAAUGGUUUGGGGAAUCUAUUGUUUGUAAUGUGGCGGGGAGAAGAGUGGAAGUUGCCCUAUAACCAUAGCUGUAUGUGCUUUCAGAUAGGGAUGUGCACAGAACCGGUUUCCCUGGUUUGGUUUUGCCCCUCAGAACUGACCCCUGGUUAGAGCUCAAAUUUAGCUGGUUUGGAUUGGCUCGAAACCCUAAAGGUAAAGGGGAAUGUGAUGAGGAUUCCCCUUUACUGGUAAAGGGGCAGUGGGGGGCUUCUUUGAGUGUAGAGGGGAGUAAAAGGUACUUACAGUUUGUGUAGGUGCCUCACUGGAUUCCCGUUCACCGGUCCGAACCCAAUCCGGUUCGAGUUUGAACCGCACUAGUUCAAGCUUGUACUGGCUUGCUUUUGAGCCAGUUCGCACAUCCCUACUUUCAGAACCGAAUUGGAAUUACUCUCCUGCUUGUUAUAUUUUGAGUCGCACUCUUCCUUCUAGAAGCUCAGUGUGGUUUAUAUAUGAUCCUCAUCCUAGCAACAAUACUGUGAGGUAAGUUAGGCUGAGAGGUGGAGACUGGUCAAAAAUCCCUCAGUGAGUUUUGUGGCUUAGUAGGGCUUUGAAUUUGGGGCCCCCAGUUUAAGUCCAAGACUAGUCGUUAUCUCAUACUGGCUCUAAAGUAACAAAUUCUGUGACAAGAAAAGUGGAGUACUAUGCACUGUAUAUAUUCUGCAAUUUGACAGUUUUGCAGAUUUAUGCAAGCUGUAUUAUAAUGCACAGCUUCUUAUGCAUAAUUCUGCUAUCCAUGGACUAUAUGAGAGCCCAAUACCCGUUCCCUCAACCGUGAAAGAUUGUAUUCAGUCACCUUUGGCUUCUGAGAUUUCAUCAUUCUCGGCCCAUGUGCUUGCGAGCAUACCUUUGCCAUCACGAGGGCUAGCAACUUGCUCUUUUUAAAAGAAAUGAAAGCUCAAAUUCUAAGCUCAGCUAGAACUGGCCAGUUCCUCAGGACAGAUGCUUUCCCUGGACUUCCCUAGAAUAGCAGAAUACAUGCAGCUCUGGCUUACAUUUCAGGGGAUUCAUUAAAAACAUGCCUGCACUGUAUACGUCUUUAAAAGAUCCCAGAUGGGUAGGACAGAGGCCAGGCUUCAAAGCUAGAACAUGUUUACUUGGAAACAAGCCUCAUAGAUUUCAUUUCCCACAAGCCCACGCAGGAGCAGAGCCUGCGUUUUUGGACAUAAAGAGUUGCUUGGUGUUGCUAGCAAGAUGAUGGCAAAAGAAAUCUCUUCUGGGAAUGGCUGUAACUUUGUGUUCAUGUAGUGUCAUGGCAUCUAUGAAAUGCUUUUGCUUGUUGCAGUGAUUGAAUUGCUGGGGGGGAGAUAGGUCCCUGUACCAUUCGGUGCCAACCUGCACAGCCUCAAGUUAAUUGUCCGUCUGUGUGUUACAAAGGAAGGAAGGAGCAAAACACACUAAGAAUGGCUUCAGCUGUUCCUCAUGGGCUAUUGCAAGCUUGCUAAGGAAUGCUGUCCAAACUUGCCUGUCUCUCUCUGCUGUUUGCCAGUCCUGAGCUUGUUCUGAAGUACAAUAGUCUUUCUAUACUGAAAUAAAACAUUACUGUGCAUCCAUAA